AUGUGGUUUCCCAAGAACGAAGAAAAGAAGGAGACGAUACACAGGUUGGUAGCAGUGGCCAUAAGCAGGAACAAAGGCAGCUACAGAGCUCUGAAAUGGGCUACAGAACACCUUCUCAACAGGGGUCAAACUGUGGUUUUGGUUCAUGUCAAUGUUUCUCCAACUUUAGACACUCCGACAUACCAUGUUUGUUUUGUGGGUGCAGAGUCCAGCCACAUUUCUGACGCCAAUGAUGAACUCAACAGGGAACUCUUCCUUCCUUUCCGCUGCCUCUGCACACGUAGAGAUAUCAAAUGCCAAGAUGUGGUGCUGGAGGAUACUGAUGUUGUCAAAGCAUUAGUCGCCUAUGUUGUGCAGUCAGCUACAGAGAUUUUGGUCCUCGGUGCCCAUUCCAAGAAUGCGCUUCUCAAGAAAUGGAAAACAACAGAUAUUCCACUGAGUGUUACAAAAGCAACACCAGAUUUUUGUACUGUAUAUGUCGUCUCCAAAGGAAAGAUAUCCUCAAGAUCUGCACUUCGUCCUGCCCCGCUUCGUAACCAUGCUCUGAAUCAACGCAGCAUCAGAUCAAAUCACUCUGAGACACCAAAACACUCCAGAAUUUGUACAACAGAAGCUCCAAGGCUACUGCCCCCUUCUUCACAUUACAUGCAGCAUGAGAUGGAUUGGAUCAUCAAGUCACCAUUCACUCACAGGAGAGGCCCAACUGGGAAAUCUUAUCCAGACCUCUCCACACCAGAAUCAGACACAUCCUUUGCCAGUUCUGGCACACCAAGUGUUGAUCAAAUGACGAAUCCUCAUUCAUUCUCUGACAAUACCCAUAGCUUUGAGUCCCAGCAGCUUGGACACAAAUCGGUUGAUACAACAAGUACACCACCACCUGAAUACUCCUCAAGCUCCCAAGAUAGUGACAACUCAUAUUCAUCACAGACAAUGGAUGAUGCUGAGGCGGAGAUGAGGAAGCUAAAGCUUGAGCUCAAGAAAACAAUGGACAUGUACUGCACAGCCUGCAAAGAAGCAUUUGAGGCAAAAGAAAAGGCGAAUGAGCUACAGCGAUGGAAAAUGGAAGAACAGCAGGAACUAGAACGGGUGAGACUGUCCGAAGAAGCAGCAUUGGAAAUUGUAGGAAAGGAAAGGGAGAAGUCCAGGGCAGCCCUUGAGGCUGCUGAAGCAGCUCAGAGAAUUGCAGAACUGGAAGCAAGGAAGAGGAUUGAUGCAGAAAGGAGAGCACUCAAAGAAGCAGAAGAGAAGAAUAAGGUGCUGCAUAAACUGGCAGAAUUAGAAGUUAGAUACAGGAAGUACACGAUUGAAGAGAUAGAGGCUGCAACCAAUUACUUCUCGCUAUCUCGUAAGAUUGGAGAAGGAGGUUAUGGCCCGGUCUUUAAGUGUUACCUUGAUCACACGGAAGUUGCAGUCAAGGUUCUUCGUCCAGAUGCAGCUCAAGGAAGAUCGCAGUUCCAGCAAGAGGUUGAAGUACUGAGCACUGUACGCCAUCCCAACAUGGUUCUCCUUCUGGGAGCCUGCCCAGAGUAUGGGUGCCUAGUCUAUGAGUACAUGUCCAAUGGCAGCUUAGAAGACCGUCUCUUCCGCCAUGGAAACACCCCACCUCUGUCCUGGCAGCAAAGGUUCCGAAUUGCAGCUGAAAUUGGCACUGCCCUACUAUUUCUCCACCAGACCAAACCAGAACCUCUAGUGCACCGUGACCUAAAACCUGCUAACAUCUUACUUGACCGCAACUAUGUUAGCAAGAUCAGUGAUGUCGGCUUGGCCAGGCUCGUCCCCCCAUCAGUAGCCGAAAAUGUCACCCAGUAUCGAAUGACAUCAGCUGCUGGAACUUUCUGCUAUAUAGAUCCGGAGUAUCAACAAACAGGAAUGCUCGGUGUAAAAUCUGACAUAUAUUCACUUGGGAUCAUGUUUCUUCAGAUAAUAACAGCCAAACCGCCAAUGGGAUUGACCCACCAUGUUGGACUGGCCAUUGAGAAGGGGACUUUUACUAAGAUGCUGGAUCCAGAAGUACCUGAUUGGCCUGUUGAAGAGGCCCUAUCAUUUGCCAAUAUUGCUCUCAAGUGUUCAGAGCUAAGACGGAAAGACAGACCAGAUCUCAACAAGGUUAUCAUGCCAGAGCUUGAAAGAUUGAGAGCAUUUGCGGAGGAAAGCAUGGUGUUUGAUUGCGUUUCAGUCUCAGACAAUCAGAGCCAAUUUUCCAUGUCUCAAGAUGAAUUCAGUUGCUCAACGCCCGUGCAAUCCGGACAAGGUAGCUCCAAGAGCAACUUGACCUCAAGUGGUUGACCACACAGCACAUGCAUACAUACAUGGCCAACGAUGGAGAUUUGGCAAGAGAAAAGCAGACAGUUUUAUGGAUUUCUACAAUAAGUCCAGUUAAUGUUUUGUGCAAGCUUCUUCAACCUAGCCAGCCUGCCUGCCUGUAUAUAUAGAAGCAAGAUAUUUGGAAACCAAUUUUCCGAGGUUUCUUUUCUUUUCUUUGUAUAUAUCCAGUAGCUGCUCUCUGAUCGCUGCUGGUUAAAAGAUGAGUAUGAACACAUUUAUACAGUUCAUAGCAAAUGCUUUCCAAAACUA